AUGACUGCUACAACAAACACGCAGUACAGAAGUCUUGUGGGGGCGUUGUUGUAUAUCGCUGUCUGUGCAAGACCAGAUAUUGCUGCUAGCGUUUCAAUUUUGGGAAGAUCCGUGUGUGCUCCGACGAAUGCCGAUUGGGUGGCUGCAAAACGAGUUGUACGGUACUUAAAAGGAACGAAGGAUUGGCAGUUACGUUACGGAGAUCCUGAUGGAAAGCUGGUGGGAUACUCAGAUGCAGAUUGGGCGGGUGACUUGAAAACUCGAAAAUCGACCAACGGAACUGUCUUCAUGUACGCAGGAGGAGCUGUUUCAUGGAUAAGCCGUCUUCAGAAUUUCGUGACGUUAUCAUCCAUGGAAUCCGAGUACGUGGCGUUGAGUGAGGCGAGCCAGGAGGCUGUUUGGCUUCUGAACUUGCUGGAAGAUUUCGGAGAACCAUCACCUAAGCCAAUACCACUGUGGGAGGACAACCAGAGCUGCAUUAAGUUUGUUUCAUCUGAAAGAACAACUAAGCGUUCCAGACACAUCGAGACACGGCAGUGUUACAUCAAAGAGUUGUGUGAUGCACAGGUGCUGAAUCUGAUGUAUUGUCCAACUACCGAAAUGGUCGCGGAUUUACAUACCAAGGCGCUUGGCCAGGUAAAGCUUCGGAAGUUUGCUGGUAUGCUUGGAUUGUCCGGCAGUAGUCGCUGA